AUGGGAUUUUUUUCAGUACUCAAGACUCUAGCGAUAACAGCAAUAAUUUCACUAAUUUUAUACCUUGUAAUGUCAUAUGUCCUUGUGCCAGUGUGGAAGAGAUAUCGAGAUCGUUACAACAGCUACCUACCUUUAAGUGCAAUCUCCUCACAAACUAACAGUCUACGCCAGCGAACACAAGAGGCUCUUAUAGAAAACUUUGUACCAACGACCUGGAGAUCGCGACUUCAUGGCCGGUAUCAAGCAAGUGCAGACGAUGGUAGCGAUUUUGACGAAGACGAUGGAGAGGAAUUAUAUGAGGUAGAAAAUAAUCGGAGAGAAGAAAUUUCUCUUGCUGCACAGAGUGGUCGGAUUGAGAACAGAAGGCGCCUCAGCCGUGACCUCGAGGAAGGAUUCAAAGAUGAUAGUGACAGCGACAGUGGCAAUUAUAACUACCUACAGCAGCAGACUCGCGUCGGAAUAAGAUGA